GGAUCGCGUGGCCGAAGCAGGGGCCCCCUGCCCCCCUGGGGGCUGGCCGCCCGACCGCGGCGGCAGCGGGUCGAGCUGCGCGGCCUCCAGGGGCUCGCCGCCGAGCACAACGGCUCACACGGCAUGCUGGUGUCCUUCGACGCCGAGGUCGGGCGCUGGGCGGUGCAGCUGGACAAGGGGGGCCUCACCCACGUGUGGGCGGCGAACGUGUCCACGCCGCAGGCGGCAGCCCCGGCGCAGCCUGCCGCGGCGGCCGCCCUCGCCCCGGCGCAGCCCCCCGAGGCCGCGGCCGCCCCGCGCAGGAGGCCCCGCGCGGAGCCCAGCGCGGCGGCCGCCGGGGGCGGCGCGCGCAGCACCGGGGGCGCGCAGCCCGGGCCGGCGCCGAAGAGGGCCAAGAAGAGGGUGCUGGCAGCGAGUCGCUGGGACCUUCCACUUCUACGUCGGCUCCGGCGAGGGCGCCGGCAGGGUGCAGACCACGAUGGCGGCGGCGGGCGGCUCCCGGCGGAGGCCCGGCGCAUCGCGGAGCAGGUCGCCGCGCGGGCGGACGAGCAGGGCUGGGCGAAGGCGCAGGCCCUGCAGUACCGCGACCAGCUCUACGCGCAGCUCGCCGCGCAGCUCGCCGCGGCCGCCCCGGCGCCGCACCCGGGCCCGGCUCCGCCCGCGGCGCCCGCUGCGGGCGGGCCCCCCGUGCCGCUGGGCGGCGCCGGCGCGCCGCCCCCCGCCGAGGCCGAGGCCGCAGGGCGCCCGCGCCGAGGGCCCGCGGGCGCGGCGGGCGAUGGCGGCGCCCGCGGCCGCGGCCGCGGCGGCGCGGCCGCCGCGGGCGGCGGGCGCGGCGGCGGCGAGGGCGGGCAGGGCGAGGGCGCCGCCGAGGGUGCUGGCUACGUCUCGGACGAGUCCGCGAGCACCGCCGGCGAGGACGAGGGCGACGUGGCGUGGGCGCCCUGGAGGCCCGUCGGCGCGUUGCCCUGGCCCGACGUGUGGUCGGGGUACAACCCGCCCCGCCCGGGGCAGGAGGGCUUCGGGGCCUACGCCGCGAGCUGCAUGUCCCGCGCGGGACUGGGCGGCCCCGGGAGCCCUCUGGCCGGCCUCGGCCUGGCCCUGCACCAGGAGUCGGCGGCGUUUCUGCUCCACCCCGCGAGCCCGACCCAGCGGCUGCUCGUGGAUCACGCGGCGGGCACAGGGAAGGCGCGGAUCAUGGUCUUGGCGCUGGACAACUACUUCGACGACCCGAGGCCAAAGAUUGCCAUCUUUGCGACCGCCCAGGCGCGCGACCACUUCUUUGGCGAGCUGCUCCGGUGGCCCUCGCGCUGGCGCCACUACUUUGGCUGCUGCUGCCCCGAUCAGGCGGCCACGGCAAGUGGCUCAAAGGACUGGUCGCGGCGGCGCUCCGAGGUGUGGGACCUGGGGCCGGAGCGCCUCUCGAGCGAGGCCCGGCGGCGGGGCGUGGCUCCGGAGAGGCUCUCGGCGGAGCUCCUGGGGGCGGUGCGGGAGGCCCUCGCCAUGCGCGGGGCGGUGCGGCGGGGCCGGGUGAGCCCCGCCCUGGCCCAGGCCUUCCGCGAGGACCACCCCGGCGAGCCCGUGCCCCGCGCGCCGCUGCGGGCCUUCCUGCACGCCGAGGCCGGCGGGGAGGCCUCCCUGCUCGGCCCCGACGGCCGGCCCCGGAGCAGGGUGCUCCAGGUCGGCUUCGACGCCAGGGAGCUGAACCCCUACUCGGGGAAGGUGCUGCUGCUGCAGGCCGCCCAGUGCCUGGAGCACCCCGACGGCGCCUCCGCCGACCAGCUCCGGGCGCUGCGCGGCCACCUGUCGGCCGCGAGAGGCACGGCCCUGGCCGCCUUCAGUACCCUGCCGACCGGCAGGGCCCUGCUGGACCUCGUCAAGGGGCCGGAGGCGCCGAGCCUCGGCGACGAGGGCUCGGUCGUGCGGCGGCACACGCUGCGGGGGGAGAUACUGAAGCGGUACCUCCUGAAGGAGGCGUCCGCGGAGCCCGGGGCCGUCUCCGGGGGGCAGCGCGACGCGCGGCUGCUGACCUACUGCAACGUCUUCGUGCACCCCAAGACCGUCACGGGCGACAGGCUGAAGCAGCUGCAGGCCGACCCGAAGUCGCACGCGCCGAAGCUGCAGGCCGUCGUGAAGGCUGUCUCGAAGGCCCCGCAGAAGGCGGCGGUUCUGCUCCGGCAUGACACCGGCUCGAAGGUGCUGCUGGAGAUGCUGCGGCAGGCCGGGAAGCGGAGCGGCUUCCGGGUGGCGAGCGCCGACGAGCUCCGGGAGUUCAACGACCCCCGCCGGAACCUGAGAGGCGAGCGCUACCGUGCCAUCGUGCUCGAGGCGCCCUCUCGAGGCGCCACCACCGACGCGAGGCUGAUGCACGUGCGGGAGCUGCACCUCGUCGACCUCCCGCCCGCGGAGGCCUGGCCCGAGCUCGCCUGGCACGCCUCGCGCUGCGCCUGCUUCGGCUGCCACGCGGAGCUGCCCGAGGAGGAGCGCACGCUCGCCGUGCACGUGCACGUCGCCCAGCUGCCCAAGCUCCUGCGCAGGGCGGUCGGGGCGCUGGUCUACAGGGAGCUGCUCGCCUCGCAGAAGGCGGCGGACACGGGCGGCGAGGCCCUUGAGGCGGCGGCCGAGGCCUGCGUGAAGGAGCUGCACCGCCGCAAGCUGGAGGACCUCGCCGGGCUGCGGAGCGCCCUGCAGGCGGAGGGCGGCGGCGGCCUGGCCGAGCUGCUCGCGGAGACCGCGCUGGAGAAGCUGGGGGCCACCACGGCGGCGCCCGCGGCGGGGCUGCGCGCCGCGCUGCAGCGGAUCGGGGAGGGCCAGGAGGACCUGGCGGCACUGGAGGCCUCCCUGGUCGCGCAGGCGCAGACGGCCGACGAGCGGCUGCUCGCGGGG